AUGGGAGGUGUUACUGUUCGCGAUGUGGAUGCGCAAAAGUUCAUUGCAGCAUACUCCGCCUUCCUGAAGAGACAAGGCAAACUGCCAAUCCCAGGUUGGGUCGACACUGUGAAGACCUCAAGAGCGAACGAACUUCCCCCUCAAUCUAUCGACUGGUACUACAUCCGCGCCGCUUCCAUUGCCCGACACAUCUACCUCCGCAAGACCGUCGGUGUCGGUCGUCUACGCAAAGCCCACGGAAGCCAGAAGAACCGUGGCUCGCGGCCCUCCCACCACGUCGAAGGCAGCGGUUCUGUUGAUCGAAAAGUCAUCCAAUCGCUUGAGAAGAUCGGAGUGCUCGAGCUUGAUGAGGAGAAAGGUGGUCGAAGAAUUACCCAGAGCGGUCAGCGGGAUUUGGACCGUAUUGCCAAGACGACAGUUGAAGAGGAGGAGGAGGAGUAG